UCCCAUCCCGGAAGUGACACCAUCAGUGACAACCAUAGCUCAGUGGUUGACAACGGGGCCUGAAGCUGUGACAACAACGGCUUUUGGACUGUCAUAUGUUGUCUUUCAAAACAUCAUUUUACCUUGUUUGGAUUCAUAUGUAAGACAGCAGGUCAGACAAAUGAAGUGACAAGCAGGAUAUGAUGUCCUCGUUCCAGGUGGUGGGCUCUUCGCCCACCAGUGGCAUUGGUGUCAUGGAAACAUCAAACUUUGCUCAUGUUAUCUUCCAGAACGUUAGGAAGAGCUUCCUGCCCCAGGAGGCACUGGAGUGUCGCUACACCCUCACCUCCUACAUCACCCCCAACCCCAAAGACUGGGUGGGCAUCUUUAAGGUGGGCUGGAACACAGCGAGGGAUUACUACACGUUCCUGUGGUCUCCUAUGCCGGAAAACUACCAACCUGGAAGCACCGUACACAGGGCUGUGGUGUUCCAAGGGCACUAUGUUCCCAAGAGUGACGGGGAGUUCUAUCAGCUCUGUUACGUCACGCACAUGGGUGACAUCAGAGGCGCCAGUACGCCUUUCCUGUUUCGCCCGGCCACGCCCACCGAGGACUGUCUCACCGUUACCGAGGACGACAGCAACUCAGACAUACUGGUGGUGACCACCAAGAGCAGUGUGCUGGAGCAGCGUGUAGAGGAGGCACAGCAGGAGCGCAGGGAGCUGUUGACGAGAAUGCAUCACCUUCAGGAGGAGAAACAGCAGCUGCAGGAGGAGCACAGGAGGCUGCACAGAGAGAGGGAGCAGGAGAGGGAGACGUGCUACCUUCUACGCACGCACAACCAGGAGCUGCUACGCUCCUCCCAGGGCCUGUCAGAGGAGAGGGGGGAGGUGAGGAGGAGGCUGCAGGAGGCCACAGACCGGGUCAGACAGCUGGAGGAGGACCUACUGGGAGUCACACAGAGGGGACUGCAGAAAGAGACCGAACUGGACUGUCUGAGAGACAGGUUGAAGAAGCUGACAGCAGAAAGAGACAGUCUGGAGACUCAACUGAAGAACGAGAAGGACGAGAGGGACCUCUACAAGGGCCACCUGCGCAGCACGGAGCUGGAGAACACCAAGCUGAGUGCAGAGCUGCAGAUGCUGAAGGCUGUGGAGCUCAAUAGAGAGGUGACCAUCGCUCAGUUCCAGGAAGAACUGGACAGGCUCCGAGCCUGCGUCACUCAGAAGGACCGCCUGGAGAAAGAGCUGCACACACACGCUGUCGACAAGGCUGAGAUGGGUCGUCUGAGGGAGCAGCUUCGCCAGUGUGAAGAGCAGCUCCAGGCGUCUCGCCAGCAGGCCGCCAUGUUGGCGUCGGAACUCCGUGACUCAGCGAACGCCCGCGAUCGCACCAUGACUGAGCUGUACCGCGCCCGCCUAGAGGCCGACGCCCUCCGUGCCAGCCUGGCCGAUGCCCAGGCCGAAUGCCGGAGGAUGGAGACGCAGUUGGACCACAUGAGGACCACCUCCCAGCAGGAAGUGGGUGUGGGGACCUCCAGUGAGGGGGGGUGUGUGGUGUCUGAGGCGGAGGCUGAGCUACAGAGAGAAGUGGAGGAGCUGAAGCUGCGUCUCCACAUGGCCGCUGAGCACUACAAGGAGAAGUACAGGGAGUGUCAGCGGCUCCGCAGACAGGUGGCCAAGAUCAGCGAGGCCCAGGGGGAGUCAAAGAGAAACGCUGCCACUGAGACGACACAGGAGCCACUGACACCCAGUCCAGAGUCACCUACAGCAGGCAAUCUGUCUGCAACUGUGCUGAGAGGAGACAGUGAGAGGCCGGUAGUCCCUAACCGGCGUGACAAAAACAGGGAACACACACACACUUACGCACAGACCGACGCACACACCAACACAUUCUCCGGCAUGGAGACCAUGAGAGCUGGGGAGAAAGAGUGGAAGGGGCGGAAUGGGGAAGAGAUGGAAAGAGAAGUGAGUGGAGAGGAGGAAGGGAAAGAAGAUGGGAGUGUGGAAGAGGAGAGGAAGGAGGACAGGAGUGGAGGAGAGGAGAGCAUGAAGAUGGAGAGUUGGGUGGAGGUGGAGAAUGAGAGGAAGAGUGCUGAAGAGGUGGAUGAGAGGAGUGUGGAGGAGGUAGAGAAAGAACAGACUCGUUCGGUGGAGGAGGAGCUGGCGAGGAUGGAGGAGAAGUGGGCGGAGCAGUGUGCUAUCAACGAGACGCUUAAGCAGAGACUGGCAAAUGAGGAGGAGCGAUUCAGGAUCCAGAUGGUAGAGAGGGCCAUGGAGGUGACAGAGCUGAAGGAGAGUCUGGCUCAGGCCCUCAGAGAGAGGAACCAACUCAAGGAGGAGCUGCAGCAGUGUCAGGGCCGACAGAGGGAGCAGGAGGCUGAUGGUCAGGGGUCAGAGGUCAAACAGCCUGUGUUGCUGCGCUACCCACUUCCCUACCCCCAAGACCCCUCCCCACCCCCCCUGGUACCCCAGAGACCUGCAGAGCUGCAGUACGGGAACCCCUACUCCACCGACAACACUCGAGACGGGGCAGACGGCGCCCUGUCCCCGGAGCAGAUGCUCCGCCCCCCUCCUGAGGCCCCUGGUGCGUGCGCCCCUCCGGCCACCUCCCCGACCCCGUGUGCAGGUGCAGACUGGGAGAGAGAGGUGGUCUGCAUCCAGCCCUCCUCCUCACGAAGCAUGAGCCCCCCCGACGGACUGGAACACUCCCCCGAGGAGCCACGCAACGUCGGUGAUGGGGAGCAGCCUGCCUGCAAUCAUCAGGCCAGCAGCAGACUUACCGCCAACAGGGGCAGCUUCUGUUUCGACCCCAGUGGUGAGGUCCACAAGCGCUGUCCGUUGUGCGAGGUGAUCUUCCCGCCCCAUUUUGAGCAGCGUAGCUUUGAGCAGCACGUGGAGAGCCACUGGAAGGUGUGUCCUGUGUGCUCUGAGCAGUUCCCCCUCCACUGCCAUCAGCAGCUCUUCCAGAAGCACGUGCUCACACACUUUGACGGCCAUGUGCUAAACUUCGCCAACAUGGAGUAGCAGGGAAGAUGGGUGUGUGUGUGAAAGGGAAGGUUUGGAUUAAGGGAUGUAAAGAAGAAUAAAGGAACAUUUACUCAAAUGGGGGUCGAGAUGAUUUCAUUCAAAUUUAACUCGGACCAAGAAGGGAGAUUCCAAAUCAAGAUGAGAAAAAUCAAUGGGGGUAAAUUGCACUUUAUGUUGUAAAUUGAAAUUAAAUUAACUCCAGCCCUGGCCUCACACACUUCCACGAGAACAUGCUACCUUUCAAAAACAUCAAGGAGUGUGUGUAUAACUUUGUAUAAGGGGGAGUUUGUCAGUUUAGGGAGAUUACAAAAGAAAUAUGUUUUGCGUGAGGUUUCGGAGCCUUGGAGCUCUUUGGUUUUGUCCCAUGUUGAUGAUAUCAUCACUGUAUGUGUUUAGUAUUUGUAGGAUUCAUCUGCGUUAAUCAGCCUGUCAAUAGUAGCUACUUUACAUGACUUCAUUUUCUGUUUCUGUUCCCAGUCACAUGUAGAAACAGGUGACAUCCAGGGAUGGGAGGAUCAGGUGACAUCCAGGGAUGGGAGGGAGAGUAGGAUCAGGUGACAUCCAGGGAUGGGAGGGAGAGUAGGAUCAGGUGACAUCCAGGGAUGGGAGGGAGAGUAGGAUCAGGUGACAUCCAGGGAUGGGAGGGAGAGUAGGAUCAGGUGACAUCCAGGGAUGGGAGGGAGAGUAGGAUCAGGUGACAUCCAGGGAUGGGAGGGAGAGUAGGAUCAGGUGACAUCCAGGGAUGGGAGGGAGAGUAGGAUCAGGUGACAUCCAGGGAUGGGAGGGAGAGUAGGAUCAGGUGACAUCCAGGGAUGGGAGGGAGAGUAGGAUCAGGUGACAUCCAGGGAUGGGAGGGAGAGUAGGAUCAGGUGACAUCCAGGGAUGGGAGGGAGAGUAGGAUCAGGUGACAUCCAGGGAUGGGAGGGAGAGUAGGAUCAGGUGACAUCCAGGGAUGGGAGGGAGAGUAGGAUCAGGUGACAUCCAGGGAUGGGAGGGAGAGUAGGAUCAGGUGACAUCCAGGGAUGGGAGGGAGAAUAGGAUCAAGUUGCCCCUAGACACUAAAUGGUCAGUUUUGCGUUUUCCCUCUAAUGGUUAAGGUUAGGAUUUGGUUUAUCUGAUCCUGUAUCUGUGGGUUGGGGAAACUUCUACCGUGGGGGGGGGGGGGAUUAGGAUCUUGGGAGGAGAUAUGUGGUCUUCAAGCACCUCCAGCCCAAUGUAAUGUACAGUAUGAGUCAAACUCUUGUCAGCAAAAGACGUCAGACGGUUAAAAAAAUAAUUAGCACUAUUGUUUGAAUUUGACUGCACUAAAAAUACUUUAUUAUUCUGAAUGUAUAGUGUGUGUGUGUGUGUGUGUGUGUGUGUGUAACUGGGUGGUUCAAGCCCUGAUAGCUGUGCUAUAUUAGACCGUAUACCACAGGUAUGGCAAAACAACUAUUUUUACUGCUCUAAUUACGUUCAUAACCAGUUUAUAAUAGCAAUAAGGCACUUCAGGGCAUUGUGAUGUAUGGCCAAUGUACCAAGGGCUGUGUCUAGGCACUCUGCGUUGCGUCGUGCGAAAAGAAUGACCCUUAGUCGUGGUGUAUUGGCCAUAUACCCCCUCGGGCCUUAUUGCUGAAAUAAAAAUAUAUAUAUAUGAGAAGUAGAACUAUUAUGGAGAAAUGUUUCAAUUGCUGUUGUGACAAUGUUUUAGUAAUGACAGAGUGAUGUUUUCCUUCCUGGUCUCAUUCACUGGAUAGGCUAAUAUUCUCCUGGCCAUUCUGCUUCAGUUGAUUGGAGGGAAGGUAACUGGAAAUAUGAACGCUAUAGAAAACUACUGGACUCUUGGCUAUGGACUCUUUCACCGUGUUAAGAUUCUAACGAUUGCCAUCUUUACCUCCUUUGUUUGGGUCAAAGUAAGUUUAUUUUGCGCGCGUCUCUUGAUUCCUGUCAUCUACUGUCAGUCUGAGAUUUUACUGUUCUUUCAAUGUGACCACAGUGCUGUACUUUUGGCUUCAAAAGUUGCACACGUGUGUCUGUCAUGUCCAAUUGCGGCCCUUUGAAAGUUUGUGGGUGUAGGUUUGUAUGUGAGCAUUAAAAAUAAAGUACGCUUGUCAAAUGGAUACAA